AUGUCUCGGCUCGGCAGACUAGACGAGUACGACCCUAAGGUUCAGAACUUCGAAUCUUAUGUCGAAGGAUUUGAGCAUUACGUCAGGGUAAACGAGAUAGCGGAAGUGAAGAAACUGUCUGUUUUCUUGACAGUAAUUGGUGCAGAAGCAUAUGAAAUUCUCAAAAACUUGGUUGUUCCAUUGCUACCAGGAGAUAAGACCUUCGCGGAAGUAAAGGAGCUCUUGCAAAGCCACUACAGCCCGAAGACGUCUGUAAUUGCAGAAAGGUGCAAAUUCAACCGCCGAGUGCAACUUGACCACGAAAGUGUCGAAGACUUCGUAGUAGAGUUGAAGCACCUAGCCCGCAAAUGUAACUUCGGGCCAUUUCUCCUGGACGCUCUACGCGACAGAUUGGUAGCUGGGAUCCGAAGCGAAGAAACGCAGAAGGCGUUGUUCACGGCUGACGAACUCACGUUUGAAAGGGCAUGUAAAAUAGCUCUUGACAGCGAAUUGGCCGCGACACAAACAGCCGCAAUAAAAGCAGGAAGCCGUGCGGAGAGCAUAAACGCAGUGGAAAUGAAAACUAACGAGCAUCAGCGCAGCGACCGUGACCAAGCGAAGGAUAAAAGCUCGGCGCGAAACAAGACCAAGAAACAAAAAUGUUACCACUGUGGCAAGGCACACGCACCAGAACAGUGCUGGUAUAAAAACUACUCGUGCAAGCUAUGUUCAAAAGUUGUACACCUACAAAACAUGUGUCGAACGAGCAAAACUGAGCUGAAGGCACAUGCAGUAAUGAAAUCGUCAGACGAAGACGAGCACACCCUGUACAACUUCAGUCUUCACAUCUGUGAAGAAUGGUUAUGUGUUGACUGAAAACGUGGAGGGCCAGAAAGUGUCAAUGCAG